AUGUGGAACACAAUUAGGACAUUGACAAACAAAAAUUCUAAAACAACUAACAUCACUGAGAUCCACGUUGAGAAUGGCCACUCUGUUACCGAGCCUAAACAGAUUGCUGAUGCCUUUAAUACAUUUUUCAUUAAUAUUGGUACUCAACUGGCUGAUGCUUUACCUGUAACCAACAUAACACCAGAAUCAUUUAUCACCCCUGCGAAUUCCUCUUUUGAAAUUCAUACCGUUUCAAUUGAAAAAGGAUUUAAUUUACUUUACACUAUAAAGGUUUCUAAGGCAACAGGACACGAUAAAAUCUCACCAAAAUUGCUGAAAGACUCAUAG